AUGGGUGGGCACUUGCUACUGCCAGGCCUGCUCUUGGCCCUCCCUCUGGCCACAGGCUGGAUGGUCCCUAACUGCUUAGUCAUUGAAGGCUCCCAGCUGCCUCUGGUCUCCCGCUACUUCCUGCUCUGCCCUGUGGAUGCCAGCCUGUCCCUCUUUGCACGGUGCCAUUCCGUAAGCAACCUAACACAGGCCUUGGCGGCCGUGCCACACAACGUGGAGGGCCUCUGUCUCUCCGGCUCCAUCUCCGUCCUGCCCCCCGAUGCCUUCUCCCAAUUCCCCGGGCUCAAGGUCCUGAAGCUGAACCUCUGUCUCACUCAGCUCCUGCCAGGAGCGCUCCGGGGUUUGGGGCAGCUGCGGAAGCUCUUGUUCAUGGACAGCCACAUGAGGUCCCUCCUUCUACCCCCUGAUGCCUUCAGCAACUUGAGCUCCCUCCAGCACCUUGCUUUUUGGGGCCCCUGCCUGGAGGGGAACACCGGUGUGCGCUUCCCUCCCAAUUUGCUGCAGCUGUCCAUCAGGAAUACUAACCUGCGGAACGUGGGGCUGUUGGCCAGCAUCUUCCCAGACCUGGUGCUUGGCUCCUCGCAGGGGGAUGCCUGGACUCUGGACGCUUUGGACUUGUCAUUCAACCAAAACCUGACAGUGGCCAGUCCCGGGGCCCUUAGGGGUCUCAAGCUGGGGUUACUGAAUCUGGACCAUACGAGGAUGGACGCAGCUGCCGUGAUGGGCCUGGGUUUGCAGAGACUGAACAACCUGUCUGCGAUAAACACUUACACAGCUGAGCUGCCUGCAGCAGCAGCUGCCUACUUUGAGCUGCAGGAGCUGAAUUUGGGGAAUGUCCCAAUGCAGAGCCUAGUUCUGGAGGCCCUGGCUCCCUGCUACACCCUGCAGAGGCUGGGUCUCAUGUUCAGCCACCUGAGGGACCUGCCUGCAGGCCUCCUAGCUGCCAUGCCCAGACUUCAGAGACUGAACCUGUCUGGCAACCAGCUGCAGCGUGUCUCCUUCUGCACCGAGACCCGGAUUGUGUCGGGACUGCAGGUCCUGAAUCUGUCCCACAACAGACUGCAAGCUCUUCUCCCAGCCACCUUCUCCUGUUUGCCCCACCUGCGGGAGCUGUGUCUCGAGGGAAACCAGCUGGUGUGUCUGGACAGCCAGGUAUUCCAGGGCCUAAGGAGUCUGGAGACAUUGAAUUUGCUCAGGAAUCCACUGGCAAAUCUAAGCAAGGGCUGGUUAUCUUCUUUGCCCACACUGACCACUCUAAACCUACAGGACACCCGGAUAGAAUGGACCCCAGCCUGGGGCUUCUGGGGCCCAGAGAGCCUGCACAAACUGAGCCUUCAGCUCCCCUCUGGACCUUCUGGGGCAGUGCUAUCUCUGCCCACAGGGUUGACCAGCUUGGAGCUUCAGGCAGCUCCAAGCAAGCACUGGGAACUGGCUCCUAGUGUCUUUCCAUCCUUGCAGACCUUGACUCUACACGGCUGGGGGCUGCAGCUGGGGACCCAGAACAUCACCGAGAUCUUCCCGGCCCUUCUCCACCUCUCCCUGUUGGGCAAUAGCUUGGUGUCCCUCUGCUCCCAGGACACCACCAGCUUCUUUCUCUGGCAGCUCCCCAGGCUACAGUAUCUACUGGCAUGGGGGAAUGGGCACAGCCCCCGGCCCUGCUGUAUCACGGGGCUGCCCAGUCUACGGGAACUGAAGCUGCAGGACCUGCAAUCCAAAGCCCAGCCCCGUCCAGUGCGGCUCGAGGAGCUAGUGGGUGAGCUGCCCAGCCUUGAGGUGCUCCAUUUGUUUCAAACUGGGGUGGAGACGCUGUCUGCUUCUGUUUUCCAGGGCCUGGGCCGCCUCCAAAUCUUAGUGCUAGACCAGGAGACAGGCCUCGUGCUAGACAGCAGCCUCCAGGACUACAGUCCCCAGAUGCCCCAGUACUUGUAUCUUAUGUCUGCCCAGCUGGCCUGCCACUGUGCCAACGCCUGGGUAGGGCCCUGGCUGGAGCGGUCCCCCAGAACAUACAUACAUAUAACAUCCCUCCAGCAGUGUCAGUCUACAGUGGGGGACCACCACAAGAAUUCCCUUUUCCCCUAUCUCUGGAGCCACUGCCCCAAUACUUUGGGGUUGGAACUCUUUUUGGGGAGCUCUGCCCUGCUGUUUCUGUUGAUCUUCUUGCCCCUCCUACUCAAUGCCAGAAACUCCUGGCUCCUCUACCUGCAGGCCUUGUUCAGGACUUGGCUUCAGGGGCUGAGGGGCCAGAGGGGGCAGGGCAAGAGGUUCCUUUAUGAUGUGUUCGUGUCCCACUCCAGGCAAGACCAGGGCUGGGUGCUGGGGGAGCUGCUGCCUGCUCUGGAGGGCUGUUCUGUGGCCGGCCGGGAGCUGCGCCUCUGCCUCCCGGAGCGGGAUUUUGAGCCAGGCAAAGACGUGGUUGACAAUGUGGUGGAGAGUAUGGCAGGCAGCCAGGCCACGCUGUGCGUGGUGAGUCACCAGGCCCUGCGCACCCCACGCUGCUGCCUGGAGCUCCGCCUGGCCACCUCCCUCCUGCUGGCUGCCCCCUGCCCCCCAUUGCUGCUGCUGAUCUUUCUGGAGCCUGUCUCCCGCCACGAGCUCCCUCGCUACCAUAGACUGGCCUGGCUGCUCCGCAGAGGAGACUAUUGUGUGUGGCCCAAGGAAGAGGAAAGAAAGGAUGCUUUCUGGGCUUGGCUGCGGGGCAGGCUGGGGCAGCCUGGGUUGGACUAG